UUGAGUGUCGGUACCACCACAACCCAAAACUGGUAGAUAUAGAAACAACAUAAGUACUAUCACAGUCCUCCAAGCUGCCAGUACUGGUCGGUGGAUCAAGUCUUCACCACACCCUGUUUAAUGAUCCACACGGGUUUACCGCUUCAUGAAAUAUAAAGAUAAAACAAAAGCGUAUAGAGAUGUUCAGUCUUAUAAACAUGUAAUAAUCGACGCUAUUUACAUUUACACAGGUGCAGCCAACUCCACCAAUGUCACUAAUUCCACAGCACCGCGCAUAGACAAGGAGGACAUCACACAAGGAAAAGUGCCAAAUCUGAACCCAGUCAACGUGAUCCCGGUGAAGAGAUCUUUCAUGAGGCUGAUGACGACUGUGACCAUCCCCUCCUUUUGCGGUUUGGUGUUCUUCAUCAUACUCUGCAUGUGCUGUACCAAGUCAGAUUCUAUUCUCUGCUCCAUCUGUAGCAGUAAUCCUCCAAAGUAA